AGUGGUCAAGUUGUGGUAUUUCUGAUCAAAUCGAAAGUGAUAUCGCCCUAACAGACUGCAAGCGCUAAAGGAAACGGUGCAGCGCUAAAAAAAAAAAGUCUAGCGCUCUUACUGAUACGAAAACCUAACACUGAACGAGAUGAGUCGAAUGCGCGAAGAAGUAGAGUUGGAAAAAAGUGUCAGGCGACUGAGAGAGAAGUUUCAUGGACUCAUUGAAAUUGACAAGGCUGUUCUACUCAUGCGACGCUAUGGGAACAACCAUCGCAUGGUUGCAAUGUGUGUCGCCCUAAUGGCAGAUAAUGACAGGGAGCUGGACGAGGAAGACAAGUCAGCUUUGAAUAAUGACCCUGUAGCUAAGAAUGUGAUUAUGAAACUCAAAGCUGAUGAAAAACAACAGGAAGAAAAAUCUGCCAAGUCAUCUGGAUCCACUAGUGCAAGUCCAUCAGCAAAAGCUCUGGGAAAGGAAAAGGAAAAACCGAAUGAUGAUAAGGAUAUAGCGGAGCUUGGGGCGCGUCUACGAGUUCUGCCAUUAACAGUGGACAACAAACGAAUGUUUGACCAGGCACAGGCAAACCAGAUCCCUUCUGUCAUACAUCAGUUUGCCUGUGAGUCAUGUGACAGGGACUGGUGGCGACGUGUGCCUCAGAGGAAAAGGGUGUCGCGCUGUCAUCGAUGCAAAAAGAAGUAUGACCCUGUGCCAGCCGACAAAAUGUGGGGUAUAGCAGAGUUUAACUGUCCAAACUGCUCUCGGACCUUCAAGGGUUUUGGGCGGAUGGAUGGACGUUCCCCUUGUUACGGCUGUCGCUCAGCUAUUUUUCCCACAAAGAUUCUACCACCAAGGAGGAGGAGCAUGAUACCUGGGUCUAGACAAAGAAAUCAACAUAGCUGCCUUGCUGAAGACUGUUAUAAUCGAAUGGAACCCCAUGUGCCUGGUACCGAAUGCGUUCACCCGCACAGCAGACAGAAGAACAGGAAGCCGCGCGUGGUACCCCUAGCCCCACGCACAUCAGCAGGCGGUUCCACUGUCAACACCUGUCUGAGUCAGGGCAGUCUGAUAGAAAGCAUCAAUCAGCUCAUUCUAGAUGACAUUGAAGAAGAGUCUGAAGAUGACUCUGACAGCAGCAGCAGCAGCAGCAGCAGCUGAGGCAGCAACGGAGAUCAGUGUAAAGGACUGACGUCGCCUCACUUGUUGCUUUGAAUGAAACAUGCGCAGUCUCUUAAUACAAUUCAGUAUGAUUCACUCAAAGUAACAAAUGUGUAAAGGUGUAAGCAGCCUUAAUGUUGACAUAUGUCACUCACUGUAGGCUGUGUGAACACACACCAAACAAUUAAUGUAAAAGAAACAAAAUAAAGAAUGAUUGACGACGGACAGUUGAAUUAUGGAUCAGAUAAUGCACACUGUGAGGUAGUAAUUCUGCCACAACAUGAAGCAGUGUGUGAGAGAGUGAGAAUUUGUUCUCAGUCAUAUAGAUGAUGAGCUGAAAUGAUAUGAAACUGUAAUAUAGUCAACAAACCUGAAAAUACCUGGAAAAACCUGGAAAAACAGAAUGUCUGUCAGCCAAUCAGAAUCAAGCUUUCAACAGCAUUGAUAUGAUGUUAACUUCAUAGCUGAUUUGAACAGACAAGUGCAGAUUUCUCAUUCACUAAAACAACUUCCACUCCUUAAAGAGUUGGUUCACCCAAAAGUGAAAUUUAAGUCAUUAAUUACUCGUUCUACACCCCACACAGACCAGAAGAUGAGCGCCCCGUUGGCCUCACUUACACCUCUUACAGCAGGAGGUCAAGCUGUAAGACCUUCGUUUGUCUUCGGAACACAAAUUAAGAUAUUUUUGAUGAAAUCCGAUGGUUUCUGAAACACACACAGGCAGCAAUGACAUUGCACCUUUUGAGGUCCAAAAACAUAUUAAAAACAUCGAUAAAAUAGUCAACGUGACUACAGUGGUUAUUGUGGCUAAUAUGACGCGACAAGAAUACUUUUUGUGCGCAAAAAAAAAAAAAAAACUACUUUAUUCAACAAAUUCGUCUGUCCCCUGUCAUACUGCUAUGCUAUUUUCCUUGCAGAAUGCAGAGCUUUUGUGUUUACGUCCGAACGCAGGCUCAGUAUUGGCCAGCUCCUGCGUCAGCAUCACACGCAUGCGUCGUGCUGCUCACAUGACCAGAGUCGGCCAAUACUGAGCCCGCGUUUGGACGUAAACACAAAAGCUCUGCAUUCUGCAAGGAAAAUAGCAUAGCAGUAUGACAGGAGACAGACGAAUUUGUUGAAUAAAGUCCUUAUUUUUGUUUUGUUUUUGUGCACAAAAAGUAUUCUCGUCACUUCAUAACAUUAAGUUUGAACCACUGUAGUCACAUGAACAGUUUUAUUGAUGUCUUUAAUACAUUCCUGGACCUCAAAAGGUGCAAUGUCAUUGCUGUCUAUGUGUGGAUCAGAUACCCUCAGAUUUCAUCAAAAAUACCUUAAUUUGUGUUCUGAAGAUGAACGAAGGUCUUACGGGUGUAGAAGGACAUGAUGGUGAAUGCUUAAUGACAGAAAUUUCAUUUUUGGGUGAACUAACCCUUUAAUCUUUGAAUUCCACCAUACUGUUGGUUAGUAACUUUAUGAUCAGUUUGUUCUGCCAUUGUUAGGAUCAUAUCAUCAAAUUAUAUGAUAUGACACCAAAGAACAGAGUAUUCCAAAUAUACAGUUUGAUUUGUCAAUUUAUUUCAAAUGCCUAAAUGUCUAUCUUUGUUUUUCCUAGCUUUACAUUUCUCUCGAAACCUGUUUUGUCUGAGAUUACACUUUACAUAACUAACAAAAGACAGGCACUCAAGAAAAAAGCAGCCCACUCCUGAUUAAUAUAACAGGUUUGCUGUUAUGUCAGCCUUUUGUAACAUGCUGUUAUACAUAAGCGUUGCAUGGUGAACUCAAUAUCAGGGACAUAUGCAGGGACAAAGACAAACAAUGUGUUAUUAAUUUUAUCUGGAAUAAAUGUGGAUUUUAUGAGAA